AUGGCUGUUCUAUUCCCUCUUAAUGCUUCUUACCAAUACGGCGUCCUUCUUAACAGGCAAAUACUGGCCAUCAACUCCGCUUCAGCACUUACAAGCACUCACGACUUGGUCCUGAACGCGACGACCUGGAGUAGUAAUCCAAGCCUUUGGCGAGCCGAUCCCAGUGUCGAGGGAGACAAACUCUGGAGUCAAAAUUGGGAUACGCACCCGAUUCUGAUUCCCAUGAAGGACAUGCCCAAACUCGGCCAAGAUCCCUCAUACGUCGCUCCCUGGCUCGACGACCCCAGCCUCGCCAUGGUGGGCUCCCAAGCACAUCAUCUGCUCCACUGUCUCGACGUGCUCCGCAAAGCAGUCUGGACAGAUCAUUACUGGCCCAACGGCAACUUGAACCCGGGCCAUCGCAACCAUCAAACGCAUUGCGUAGAUCUCCUCCGACAAGAUCUGAUGUGUCGAGCACCGAUGGAUGUCUACCCCCUGAUUUGGAUGGACGGAGAGUCUCAGCCAACGCCGAAUUUCAACGUCACCUCGCAGUGUGCGGACUGGGAGGGUAUGACGCAGUGGUGGCGUGAGAAGCAGAUGACGGACGAACAGGUUGAUCGGAUCUGGGUCAAGCCCGAGGGCGUCAAGCAGUGGCCUGCGCCUGGUGGGCUAGAAGAGGAGAAGGAGGCUUUGAGGGAUGUUUGCGCGAGGCCGAACGUCACCUGUACGCUCGGAGGUGAACCUUUGAUCUUCCCCGACGACGACGAGAACCGUUGAAAUGACAGAAUGAAUAUCAGAUAGCUGCAAUGUAGAAAUCAC